AUGGGUUUUAAAAGCUCUUAUCUUCUCUGCUUGGGUGUUCUCCUUGCAGUUUCAUGUUCCAUUCAUGCAUUGGACGUUGCAAAAUUGUUAGAAAAAAGUCCUGAGUUUGCAUCCUUCACUAAAGCCCUAAACGAAACCAAGCUUAUUGAUCAAAUAAACUCUCGCAACAGCAUCACCAUCCUCGCCCUCAAUGAUGGUGCUAUGGGUGGUCUCUCUGGAAAAUCCCCACAAGCUAUCAAGGCCAUCCUUAGCACUCAUGUGAUCCUUGAUUAUUUUGAUGAGAAAAAGCUCAUGGAAGCUCAAGGCAGCAAUCAACUCUUAACCACCCUUUACCAAGCCUCAGGCCUCGCCCAAAACCAACAAGGGUUCAUUAAGGUUGCCCUCGUUGGUGAGGGCGAGAUCGCCUUUGGCUCCGCUGUUAAGGGUUCUCCCGUUGAUGUUGAGCUCGUGAAAACAGUUGUUACCCAACCUUAUAACAUUUCCAUACUCGAAGUAGCCAGACCUAUUACAUUCGAAGGAGGUAACGCACAAGCCCCAUCCGCACCCGCUAAUGCCAAAGCCCCAGCACCAGCAGAAAGUGCUAAGGCUCCUGUGUCGGCCAAUGCAUCUAAAGCCCCAGCACCGACACAAGAUGCCGUUGCUGAUGCUCCCACACCUGGAGCCCAGACUCCUACUUCUGAGGCAGCGACUGCUCCUACACCUUUUGAAGCACCCGUUGCAGAGACCCCAACUGAAGGCCCAACUGCCGCUGAUGUAUCAAGCCCAUCUUUGGCUCCUGGUGCUUCAGAUGACGCGGCAGCCGCAGAUGCUAAAGAUCCCAGUAGCUCUUCAAGAACCGUGGCAGGUUUCGUUGGAGCAGUGAUGUGCUUGGCUUCUUUGGUGGCUGUUAUGUAG